AUGGGAGACCUCCCUUCUCCUCGCGUUAAUCCAUCCUCCCCUUUCACGCAUACGGGAGUGGAUUACGCUGGGCCUUUCCUCAUUACUCCUUUCGUUGGGAAAGGACAGAAAGCGAGAAAAAAUUGGAUCGCGUUGUUCAUUUGUCUUGUCACCAAAGCCAUCCACUUGGAGCUAGUUGACGACUACUCCAGUGCAGGAUUCAUUUCCGCCUUUCGGAGAUUCGCCGGGCGUAGAGGCCUACCCAAGAAACUUUACAGCGACAACGGGACGAACUUCCACGGCGCUGACCGAGAGUUGCAGAACGCGUUCGAAGCUCUAAUGAAAGAUGCUUCUUUACAAGCCGACCUCGCGAAUGACAGAAUAGAAUGGCAUUUCAUACCGUCCGCGGCUCCUCAUUUCGGCGGAUUAUGGGAGGCGGGUGUGAAAAGUUUAAAAUCGCAUCUCAAAAGAGUAGCCGGUUCGCGUACCUUGUCGCAGGCUGAAUUCGCGACGCUUCUAUGCCAGAUAGAAGCAUGUCUCAACUCCCGUCCAAUUGCCGCCCUCAGCGACGACCCGAACGAUUUGUCUGCGCUAACGCCGGGCCAUUUUAAUAGGUCGACCUAUGGUGUCCGUACCUGA